GACAGCACGAGGGCAUAAAAGCCACGCUAUGUCGCCGGGUGUUAUUUCCUCGCGAUGAGUACGACUCGAACGACGCGCAUUAACAAAGUGCUUCUAACGAUCGUCCUUUGCGCGACCGGCACAUGGUGCACCAACGACGUCACGUUGACGCGAAAUGCUCGGACAAUCGGCUCGUCGUCGUCGUCGUCGUCGUCGUUCUUCGCAUGGCCGCAAGUAUUUCGGAACCUUUGGGCCAAUCGAACUAAACUGUGGGAAUGGUCCAAAAGCGGCGCUUCAAAUCUCGCACGUUUCACAAGUAGCUCGAAGACGCCGAUGCGCAUCGAGUUCAGACCUGAGGACGGGAAACGCGCGGCGGUAAUUUAUCAGCGGCAAUACGGAUACCGCGGCGAGUGGCUUGUCGAACAACUGGGAAACGGUCUUGGUCCCGGUCUAACAUCGUUGCAUAGCCAACCUGUGCCCAACAUUUUCCUGACGCCGCCUUUACCAUCCUUCCACAUGCGGUAGUCAUCUCUUUCGAUUCAUGCUAAACUCACCGGAUCAUUCGUGGUCGAUUGAUUUUUUCUUCCCUCCAUUGUUCCAUCUCAACAGUUACAAAUUCAGGCUGUAAUUCAGGGAGGAAAAAAAAGAUCAGACACGAAUGACUCGGUGAUGUGACUCGGAUGUGGGUAAAAGUCGACGACAAAUACUUAUUAGCUUCGUAAUUUGGUAAGAGUAGCAUCAACGCGCUUUUAAAGGCAGGACCAAUCCUCGAGUACAAAACUGCAACUGCAGAAAAAGUGUUUAGUCAUUUAUUCCGUUUGUACAAGCCGAGAGAUCGUUUGUUGGACAACGGCAUAUACUUUUAUGUUACGCGCAUACGAAGACAGAUAUAAAAUAUAUUCAAAGUUAUGAAAAAUCGUUAUAUAUGUACGGUGGUGACGUGAAAAGUCCCACAUGAAGAGCCCAUAGAAGUAUUCACAGCGACCAUAUUUUCACGUAGUCUACUUGGAGCGCCGUUUUUGUCUGCCAUGUUGGGUACCAGUGAUCCUUUGCACGAUAGAAGUUGUACAUCGCCUGUAGAGCACAAUAAAACAUGAUAUUCGACGAGAACAUGUCUCGAGGAGGAAAUCAAAUGUCAAAUCGAGAGAUAACGCACCUUCGCCUCAACAUUUCGCCAUGGCUUGACGUAACCACUACUGAUCGAAUGAUCCGCGAAUUCGUGAAUGCCACCCACACCUACGCCCAAGGUCAAGUACGACUGCAAGACAAGAUUCGACGAUCAAGAUCAUUGGAGGAAAGGAUCAAAAAUUACGGCUUAGACUAAAAUUAGCGAUCAUUCCAGAACAAGAUAAUAAGAAUCACACCCAAUGCAUAAUAAUAAAUAUCAAUUUUUUCUCGUGAUCAUUUAUGCUAUUUAUGAAAAUAUUUAUUACGAAAUAAGCUGCCCGCUAGACAGGAAUAAGUCAUUAUCACUGAGCUUGAACACAUUACGUCAGAGAGACAAAAAAUGUGCCGUAAAAUGUAUAUUUUACAUACGAAAAUAAAGGAAACACAAAAGAUAGAGAAGGAGUAUGAUUUACACACGAUUGGACGAGAGAAUCUCUGCUACUUUUCAAUUCUGCACUCACCCGUUUGCCGAACGUUCCGUCUACGAUCUGUUCGCCGUAUUGAACACCGUCGACCUUCACGAUGAUGAGACCGCUCUUCCAUUCGAUUUCAAAAAUAUGAUAAUCAUCCGACCAGGAUUUACUCGACGGUCUCUUCGGAAGAUUCGAGCGACUACUAGUCGGCGCGUCCCUAUCGUUCACGGAAGUGAUCAAUCCACCCGCGCGCAGUAUGCGACCGCCGAUAUUCUUGUUGUCGGUGGUCCUCAGCUCCUCGUUGCCCACCGACGACGCGAUCCUAAUCUCACGGUACAUCUCAUGCUCCUGCUCGCUCUCGGAGCUCUUUAGAGUAAUAACUAUAAGGACCGAAAUAUAUAUAUAUAUAUAUAUAUAUAUUCAAAAAAUAAAUAAAAGAAACGAUUAGUGCAGUGA